GAGAGAGACGAGCAAGAAAGAGAGGGGAAAUGUCAAGACGUCAGGUUUACUGUUGAGGCCUUUCACCAGAUACGAAGAGGAGCAAAGAUUAAGGCUGAAAAAGCUGAAAAAGCUGGAAAAGAGACAGAAGGGACGGCAUGGACCUUGAACCAGUGGAGCUGUUUCACUUCAGAGACACAGAGCAGUCAUGCAGUCUGCUGCUGCAGCUGAAUGUUCUCAGACACGAGCACAUUCUCACUGACGUGUGGCUCUGCUCAGACCAGACUGAGAUCCCCUGUCACAAAAAUGUCCUGGCCUCCAGCAGCCCCUAUUUCAGAGCUAUGUUCUGCAACAACUUUAUAGAGAGACACCAGUCCAAGAUUGUAUUAAAGAGCAUUACUCCAGGCAUUCUGAGUAUUAUUAUAGACUAUGUUUACACUGGACUAGUAAGCAUCCACAUGAACAAUGUGCUGUCCCUGAUGCAGGCCGCAGCCAUGCUUCAGUAUGGCCGACUUUUUGAGGCCUGCUCCACUUUUCUUCAGAUGCAGUUAAGUCCAGACAACUGCCUGAGCAUGAUCCGACUGUCUGAAAUCCUGCACUGUGAGAGUUUACAGGUCAAAGCAAAGGAAAUGGCAAUGAGGAGUUUUUCUGAUGUGUCAGCCUCAGAGGAGCUGUGUGAGCUGUCUCUGCCUGAGCUGAUGCGAUACCUGGAAGAGGAUGACCUGUGUGCAGAGGAGGAGCAGGUAUUUGAGACCCUCGUGGCCUGGAUCCACCACGACCCUUUAUCCCGCAAAGGUGCCAUAAGUGAUCUGUUCAAAAAGGUGCGUCUGCGCUACAUCCACCCGACCUACCUCUUCCAGUUCAUUGCCAGUGACCCCCUGAUCCAGUCAUCUACACUCUGCACCGAACUCAUAGAGUCAGUGAGACGACUUAUGUUCUCUGUAAGCAGCAAAUACAUACAAGACACAGAGUUCAACAAACAGUGGGUGGCUCAUCGGCGCUACACCUACCAGGACAGGCUGGUAGUGGUGGGAGGCAGGAAGAACAAUGAGCAGACAUCUAGGGAGGCUUUGGUGUUUGAGGAGCAGACACAAAGCUGGCAGAGGCUGGCCAAGUUGCCCAUACGCCUUUAUAAAGCCUCAUAUGUGGCUCUGCACAGUGUACUGUAUGUAAUUGGAGGACUUACAACUAAUGCAAAGUAUAGCCAGGUCACCUCCACUGUUUACACACUCUCUCUCAAAACCAACCAGUGGAGACUCGCUGAACCCAUGUUAGAGCCACGAUUUGCUCACCAGACCCUUUCCUACCUGCACUUUAUCUUUGUCCUGGGGGGGCUUGGGUCGGACAGGCGAGUGACAGCUUCUGUGGAAAGAUUCAACAGUAUGUUCAAUCAAUGGGAGUCUAUGGCCUCGAUACCUGAAGCUGUGCUGCACCCAGCUGUAGCUGCCACCAACCAGAGGAUCUACAUGUUUGGAGGGGAGGAUGCCAUGCAGAACCCAGUCAGACUGAUCCAGGUCUAUCACAUCGCCCGGAACAUGUGGUCAAAGAUGGAGAACAGGACAGUGAAGAAUGUAUCUGCACCUGCUGCAGUUAUAGAUGACAAAAUAUACAUCAUUGGAGGUUACACCAGGAGAAUGAUUGCUUAUGACACCAAGACAAACUGUUUUAUUAAAUGUGCCAACCUGAAAGAGAGGAGGAUGCACCACUCAGUCUCAGUCCUCAACAACAAACUGUACAUUACUGGGGGGCGCUAUGUCAAUGGUCACGAUGUCAUUCAAGACUCAGACACAUUUGAAUCUUAUGAUCCAAAGACGGAUACUUGGACCUCUAAAGGCUCUCUGCCACACAAACUGUUUGACCACGGCUCUCUCACUCUAACUAGUGUCCAACAAAACUGGGAUAAAUCCUGAAUAUUGUCUUGGUCAGUACUGUUCAAUUUAUAAUAUUGUAGCAUGCUGUGAAUGUGGUACAACAAUGGCGUAAAAAGUGACUGCUGAAGUUCAAUUGAAAAUAUGUGUAAAAAGUAAGGCACUUUGUUCACCCCAUGCCUGGAUUCAAGGUGAAUAAUAAUUUCCAGCUAAAUACAAUGGAUUAAACUGAAUAGCAGUUAAAAUGUGACAGGAUUGUGCUUUUAAGUGUUCACCUCUUUGUUAGUUGUGUUUUGUGUUGCCCCUAACCACCUGAAAGCCCCUUCUUAACCUGUCUGACUCCACAAUAGCUGUUGGUGCUAUUUUUAGGGCAGUCUAAAUCACUAGAUUUUACUUGUCGAGUUUAAAUCCUGAGGUCGCACAUUGUUUCGGUGCAAGUACAAAGCUCUUUGCAGCUGUUUAGACCACCGACAUUUAAUAUGAACUUGAAAUUAGGUCAACAGCUUAUUUUUAAUUAUGUGAUGAAGAAAUGCAAUUCAGCUUUUUAUGAUUUUAUAAUAUAUGUUUAAUUCCAAUUUGUUGUUAAGUCAUAUUUGAUUUGAUAUCCUUUUGUACUAUGAUAACAUUUUUGUACUGUUUCCAUUGUAAGAUUUUAAUUUUUUUUGUAAUGUAAACAAUAAAAUA